AUGGUGAGGAUCUGUACCUACAAUGCACGUAUACUUGCAUCCGAGUCCUCGAUAGAAGUCUUGCUCAUGCAAGCAAGAAGGAUAAAGUACGAUGUCAUCGGCCUGGCCGAGACGAGAAGACGCCAGCCCUUCAACGCUAUCUAUGACACCGGAAAAGAACUGUUCCUCGGAACAUGCAACAAUAGAGGAGUCGGCAGCGUCGGAGUUCUCGUCAACACGAGUUUGUCCAUGAACACGGAUUCACAACUUAUGUGGAUCAAUUCCGGCUUCGACAAUCCUCGUCGUUUACGCGCCGAAAUCAAACUAUGA